GCGAUCAAACCUUUUCAGCUUGAGUUCUUCGCAAGAGGCCAAGAGCAUAGCACAACACAUUCACUUUCAAAGACUCUCGCUGUCCAUUCCCUGCCUGUUUAUUCCAGUUUGACAUUCCGACUGCAAAUCCAAACACAGCGACCAACAUGAACGGCGACGCUGGACUGUCCGGGGAACCGCAGGGGCUCGAGCAGCGCAUGAAGGCGCACGUUACCGCGUCCGAGCAGCGCACGAAAGCGCACAUCGACGAGUCGGAGCAGCGCACGAAGGCGUAUGUGGACGCCAAAACUGCAGAGCUUAAGGAGGAGUUCAGCAGCGCGCUCGCCCACGUGGGCUUCAACAUCGUGGCGCGACUCAAGAACGUGGCUGCGGCCACGGACGCGCCGCUUGAGAAGUUGAAGAAGGAGAGCGGCCAGAACGCCGGCAGCAUGCCGCCCAGCCCGCCCUUCCCGGCGGACAAGGCGGCGCUGUUCGGCACCACCACGGCUGAGCACAUCAACGCGCUGCAGAACUUCUACGGUGUGGAGUUUGGAGCGGGGGCAGCUGAGGCGGGGCGUGCCUCCCGCACCAACACCCUGCAGCAGAGGCGCCGGCAGCUGGGUGCGUUCCUGGGGGCGCGGUAGAGGCAGCAGCCCCAAAGCUGGGCGGCGUUAGAUGCUGGCCACCAGACCUGAUGAUGUCUGCACGGCGCUGGAAUUGUUGCAGCCAGCAGCAGCCGAAGCUGUUAGACACGCUCCUUAUUGGCCCCACGCAUUUUGCCUGGCAGCAGCUCGUUCACCGCACCCCAGCGUUGUGACAUGCUAUCGAAGGCUGGGCGGGGGCAAAGCAAAAGGCAGGAGCACAGGAAAGGCCUGGAGAAUCAGGGGCAAAGGAAAGGGCCUGGAGAGGUUUGGUGCUGCAUUUAGUCACAGGGAGGCGCGAGGCGAUGAUGUAAGUUUGCGAAGGCGUGGCCUGGGCAGCGGCAGGGGGCUGGGCAGCGGCAGGGGCAAAGGGCAGAGCUGAGAGAGUGUGAGGCUGUGCUGCAGGGAUGAAGUGGCUAUCGUACAGUGCUUUAUUCGUUAUAGGUGUUUAUUGCGGACUGGCUUCCCCCAUGUUGAGGGGCGACCCGCCGGCAUGUGCAGACAAUGAGGCUGGAGACGCAUGGUCGUGAAGCGCAGCGGUGCCUGUACAAACCGACCCCAGCUGUAGGUAAGGGUGACGGGGGCAUCCGGCCAGGUAGCGAUGACAUGUCAAACGGUGACGGUGAGGAAGUGACUUUUGACAAGAAAAGGUGGCUCUCCCUUGCAAGGGAAAAGUGGGCUGUGCCGCCACGCCACGUCCUCCGUCUGAGGCCGAAGGUUCCGAUACUAGCCUCAUCUCCCGGACAUAGCCGGGGUCGGUUUGUACAGGCACCGCCCGCCAUAUGUGCCCAGUCGCGCCCAGCUAUCAAGCACUAGUGCAGCAGGCAGCAGGCCAACCAGACAGCAAGGAAAACACCCCUGCCGCUGCAGCUGACUGCCCGCUACGCCAUCCUCGUCAGCACA